GUGGCAACACUGGGGCUCAAUUUAACUCCUGGCUGGUGGUGUUUACAUCUCGCGGUCACACGGCAUGAAGUUAUGAGAAAGCUGUAAAAGUAUUUCUGGCGUGUUUUUUCUCUUAAAUAAUGACGCCCGUAUUGAAUAUUACAAAGAACUGCUGCCGAGGCAUUUUGUUUCAAACCUUGAGCAGCAGGAGCCAAGUUUUAGGAACCCAUCAUCAAAUUCCAAAACUUUUUCUAAAAUCCAACAUUUCUUCUACAAAUGCUGUUAUGUUGAACACCACAAAACAUGUUGAAACUACACAUGCAGAUCACAAUCAUUCUAAAACUUGGACUGCUGAAAGAUUUCUAGCUGCUGGCUUACUUGGAGUUGUUCCGUUGUCUAUAGCAUAUCCAAAUCCUGUGUUAGAUUAUUCUGUUGCAUUGGCUUUGACUGCUCAUGUUCAUUGGGGUUUUGAAGCAAUAGCUGAGGAUUACGCCCGUCCACAAAUGGUAGGAGCUGCAUUAUCAAAAGCUGCAAUGGCUUUAGUGUAUGCUUUAUCUGUUUUUACUUUAGGUGGGUUGUUUUACUUCAAUUAUAGUGAUGUCGGUUUGGGUCAAGCAAUAAGGUUAUUGUGGAAACUGUAGCUCCAAAAUAAGAAUUUGAGAACCAAGACACUAGAAAGUUUGUAGUGAAAUGUUAAUCUGGUCUACAUGUCAUGUACUUUAAAAUGUUUCUUCUUCUGUACAUUUUGCAAGGAUUGUCGCAUUUAAAAUAGCAAUAAAAGUAUGAUUUCUGGA